AUGGCGUUUUUGAAAGUGGUAGAUGAUGGUAGAGAUAUGGAUCAUGACCCAGGGGGAGGAAGACCGCCGGAUAGGGGCAGGCAACUUCGCCUUACUGAUUUCUGGAAACCUAAAUUAAAGGAUGCAUCAGAAGCGGUUAGAGAAGAAUCUGAGUUUCAAGCCAAAGAAGAUCUGAAUUCUAAGGUGGAUGACAGCAGAAAUCAGAAAGACAGAGGAGAUGGUGUGAAGAAAACUUUUUCUACUGUUGUGGGUAAGGCUUUACCGGACGUGGAGCAGUUGCCGGAUCCAAUACAUGCUGGGGCGCACACUAAGAUUAUCAUCCCGCAGGAGGCAUAUGAGGAGAGGCUGGAAAAAUUCAAGUUUGCUUUGAUAGGUAGGGCAAACUUCAAAUUUAUGUCUAUGAAUGAUAUUCGUAAAGCUGCAGGAGAGGGGUGGAAUUUGAAGGGGAGAAUUUCUUUGUCUCCUAUGGGGAAAGGCUUCAUUUUAUUCCAGUUUGAGCUGGAAGGAGAUAUGUCUGCCAUUUGGAGAAGGAACCUAAUCAAGGUUAGAGGACAAUUGAUUCGAUUCCAACGCUGGAAACAAGAUUUUGAUGUGCAUGCAGUGAACAACCCAACCAAACUGGUGUGGAUCAGAUUUCCAGGCCUUCCCCUGGAAUAUUGGCAUGAGAAGAUCUUGUUGACAAUGGCUAAAGGGGCAGGUAGACCUGUGGCCCUGGACAGACGCACCAGAUCGGCGGCAAUGGGGAAUUUUGCGCGUGUUCAGGUAGAAGUGAUAAUUGGGGAGAAAAGGGUGGAAGAGAUUCAGGUGGAAAGAAAGCAACCAGGAACGGGGGAGAUUUUUUGGUUUAAACAGUUAAUCGUAUAUGAAGAUGGGUUAGCUAAAUGUGGUUUUUGCAAAAAAAUCGGGCAUACUUUGUUUCAAUGCAAAGAGAAGAAGGAGGUGGAUGCUCGAGACACUGGGGCGGCAACCAUGGUGAAUGAAGGUGGUGCAGGGCGGAGAUCCAGCUCAGAGGGCGGUGGUUUGGGUGAAGGAUUUGUUUCCAAUUUGGGUAGAAAUCUUACCCAUAUGAGACAGCCUCCUACCAUAUUAAGAACUCAGAUUAGGGACAAUAGUCCAACAUCUAAGGAAGGUGUGCAGGGGCAGGGAGAUAUUGAAAUAAUUAUUCCCUUAGAGAAGUCUACCAAUAUGGGAACAAAUCACAAUCGUAUGGGUGCAGUUAACAGUAUGGAGGGUAAUGGAUUGGUGUCUACAUUCAAUGAGGAAUCUGGGUCGGUGGAUGGAGCGGAUAUGGAUCAUAUAUCUGAACCAGGAGAUGAGGCAGAGAUUGAUCAACGUAGGUGCAACUCUCCCAUUUUAGAGGAGGAUGAGGCUAUCUAUGGCAGGGAGGAUCAUAUUGGUCCAGGUCAGCAUGGUGAGAUCGAAGAGGGUAGGGAUGUGAGGUUCGAGCCUCAAAUUGAUAAUCCAAAAACUCAGUUGCAGUACAAGGACGGGGCUAUGAUUGUGUAUCAUGAAGACGUGGUAGAAGUUGAUAGAAUGGCGAGCAUCCUCGAGAGCAAUAUGGAGGGAAGAAGACAGCAAAAAGUGGCAGUCGAAUAUCUUCACUGUGUCUUUUAUUCAUGCUAAUUGCUUCAGAGCAGCAAGGAGAGACUUGUGGAGUAAUUUGGCGGCAUCGAACCCGGGUCAAGGCAUUCCCUGGCUGGUGACUGGAGACUUUAAUGCUACUCUGUAUGCUCAUGAAAAAAGAGGUCCAGGAUCUUUUAAUAUA